AAAGGGCUUUGCUUAAAUGGGCUCAGAAAUUAGAAAGACAAUAAGAUAUCAUUCUUAGACUCCCUAUUUGUUUGAUAAGCACCAGUUGUGUUUCGACAUGCUGGGAUGCCGUACGAAGCCGGCGGGAUGUAAACCGUCAGGGUGUCAUACUAAACCGGCUCCUUCUAAAUCAACGCCAUGCAAGUCGAUGCCUUGUUUUAUAAGAUCGACAACUACAUGCCAUACAAAAAAGGUAUGUGAUGCACCGUGUUGUAAGGUAGAGGCGGAGCGAAGGGACCAAGUCUCCUCCAAGCAUUGCAAGAAACACACAUGCGAGCACUUUUGGGAGCCACUGUUCGACGCAGAGCGCUGCCAGAAUUACAAGCAGCCAGAAGAUUCGGUCUGUUCUCAACACAUAGAAUGUAUAACAGUAGGUUGUAUGAAUGGGAGGAUGCAGUACUACGAUCGAGGCCGAGCUGGGACACCACAAUACAAGCGUCGGAAGUACUGCUUCGAUCACAAGUGUACUGCAACGGAGUGUCCUAACCAGCGCGCCCCUAUGCUGGCCCCAAACCAAUACCGCCCGUUCUGUGAUGACCAUAACUGUCGUGCGGCUGAUUGCCCUAAUCAGGCUCUGGAAGGCACUACAUGCUGCCGAGGGCAUAAGUGUCAGAUUCGGGAUUGCAUGCAUAUAGCUGCCCCCCCGUUUCCAUUUUGCCUAGCACACAAUAGAUGUGAAUGGGGGCCGCCGAGCUGCAACCGCCCCAAAGAAAGGAACAGGAAAUAUUGUAGGGAGCACCUUCAAUGUCAGACUCCUGGAUGCGGGCUGCAGAAGAUAGAAGGUUCAUUUCACUGUAUGGAACAUGCGUGUCGUGAAAGGGGGUGUAAUAUUUCGUCUGGAGAACAUGACUAUUGCGAUGAUCAUCGAUGCGAAUUGGAAGAGGGAUGUGAAUAUGCGAAGUCAGGAGAGCGCUAUUGUCCGCUCCAUUCUUGCAAGAGUGAGGGUUGCCCAGAGUGCGUCAAUUGUACGGGGAUAUUUUGCGAUACCCAUGCUUGCUCACGGUGCGGCUGUAAAGUCGAAGCUAAGCCAUGCUUGGAAAAUAAAUGUUACGACCAUUGGAAAGAGGAUGUUGAGAUGUGUGUAAGGGCAGAAUGGUGUGAUGAGAAGAGGGGACUGACUCAGAGGCUUAGCGAGAAGGAUCACUUUAUCCAAGAGCAGGAUAGGCGUCUCCGGGAGCAGCAUGAUCAACUCUGGAGGUUACAGAGCGGUCAGAGGAAUUAAUACUCAUCUUGUAUGUGAGAAAUGGUUUCUGGGGAAUCUCGCCUGCAUAAUUUAGGAG